ACAAGAUGGACGCCUUGGACGGUUUUGUUUGAUAUUCGCUUGGAAAAUAAUAAUUUUUUAAAAUUAUAACCACUUAGAGCUAGAAUCUAUAUGAUCUAUACUAGUCUCUAUAUAUUUUAGUUUUAAUUUUUAGAUCUAGACGGCCAGCGUAUUCUAGAUCUAGUUAGUGUCUCUAGAUAGUAGAUGUAGACUAAAGUCAAAAGGACUAGUUAGACUUAGUCUUAAAUGACUUAAAUAAUAAAAUAUACAUCUCUAGUAUAGCUAUUAGUAGGAGUUAUAGAUCAAGAUCUACUACUAAGAAUGUCUACUUACUUUAAAUCUAACAAUACUGAACCAAAGAAAAUUAAUAAGCAUUAAAAAUUAAAUUAUGUUUCAAUCAUUAUCAAUAAUUUUAAAGACAUAAAUCAGACAUGUCUUCUCAAAGUCUUAGAAAUCCAAAAGAUUUAAGAAACAUGGUUUCUGAAAGCUCAUCAGACAUGGAGGAUAUGCAAAAAAAUUUAAUGAAAUUAAAGCAGUUGACUGAAGAUGAUAAAAUGGAAAAUACAAAACUUAGAUCACGGAUUGAUGAACAGUGUCAAUUGAUUAUGAUCCUGAAACAGCGGGCUGAUGAAGGCACAAUUCGGUGUCAGACAUUGGAAAAAAUUAACAAAGAGCUUCUUGAUUUCAGAGAACAGGCUGAGGCAAUGUUGAAAUCAGAAAUAAAAAAAUAUGAUGUCUUAGAUACUCGUUUCAAUCAACUUGCCUCCAAUCAUGAAGAAAUGAUCCAGAUUAAAGAUGAGUACAAGCGUGCCAACCAAGAGUUACGAGAAGACAAUACCAGACUAAAAGAUGAGAAUGGUAGGCUCUUCUCAAAAACAAUAGCUGAGAAAGACAACAAAAUACAAGAGCUAGAGAAGAAAUGUUCCACUAUGUCAGAGCAAAUUGUGACAUUAGAACAAAAGUUGAGGCAAAAUCAAGUGGAAUGGCGUGCAAAAGAAGAAGCUAUGAGGCAAGAACUAUCAGAACAUCAGACAAUUAGCUCCCAGCAAGUUAAAAAUUUACAAAGCUUAUUAAAAACUACUGAAGACAAAUUCAAAGAUACUGAGCAGAGACUUCAGUCCAUUAUGGAUAAAAAACGCAACAUGCAAGAUGAAGUAUCAGACAAACUUAUGAAAGCCAAUAAAGAAAAAGAAGAAUUACUUGCCCUAGUGAUGCAAAGAGGCAAACUUAUUCAGAAAGAACAGGAGGAAAAUAAAGAUUUAAAAAAUAAAAUUGAAGAAAUGAAGAAGGCUGUUAAGAAAAUGGAAGAUAGGUUUAACCGGGAAGCAGAAGCUGUUAAUACUAACUUAAAAGUUAAGAGACUGGCUGAAGAGCUCGAAGGGGCAGAUAGUAAAUACACACAAAUGAUGAAGGAGUAUGAAGCCUUCAAGAAACAUUCCAGUGAACUGUUGUUGAGAGAAAAAGAAUUAAAUGACAGACUGCGACAUCUAUAUUCAUGAUUUUUUAAAACUUGAUAUGUAGACUUACAAUUAUUGAGCAUGUUAAUUGUUUUAUUUUUGUUUUGCAUAGAUAUUUGAUCAGCUAAAUUUUAAUUUGCAUAAAAAAAUAUAAUGUUGAUGUUAUUAAUUUCCAAAAAAAAAAAAUCUAUGAAUAAUAAAUUUACUAACUAGUCACUGAUUUCUAAUUCCAAACAAAAGAGAAAAAAACUCUUUAUAAGUUAUAUCUAAAAAAAAUAGGCAUUCUUAGCAACAUUUUAUUUUAUUAUUAAAGAUAUUUUUUUUAUAACUAAUGAAUUCAUAACAAAAAAAGUGAAAUCAGAAAGAUAUUCCUAACUCUUUAAAUCUUUUUUUUUUUUAAAGUUAAUUUUAAAGGUAAAUUUUAGUUUCAUAAGAAGAAAAGCCUAAUGAAAUGAAAUAUGAAUUGAUUUUAAAUUGUUGUUUUUUUACCAAACUAUGUAAUUCAGUUAUUUGACCCUAAAGAUUAUUGUGCUGAUAGUAAACAAAGUUCUAUUAUUAAAUCUUCUCUUAAUAUUAUGCUGUUUGGGAACUUGUGUUUCAGAUUACUUGUUUGAAAAAGAAAUCAUUUACAUUAAUAAUUUUAUACAUUCAUUAUAAACAAUUUUUUACAUAAACAAUUUGCCAAUUGAUACCAGAAACCAAUUCCAUCAAUAUGAGGUAAAAUUUAUUUACACAGUACUUCAGCAGUAAUAAUAAUAACUAUAAAUAAAUAACAAAAAUAUAUUUUUGACUAGUAUCAAUUGUUAUGGCAUAUGUAAUAUGUCCAUUACAAUGUUACAUAGAUUUAAAAAAAAAGUAAAAUAAAAGUAAAAUAAAUGACUUGUAUGUGUAAUUAAUUAUUUUUUUUUGGGCUGUGUGGCUGAAGGUCAAGAACUGCUUGGCUACCUAUAAAGGUGGCUUAAGUUCCAAACCCUACUCGAGCAGAGUUGUGUUUGCUGAGUGCCUAAAUUAAGGCAGCAUGGAAACCUUUUCCCAGAUACCCCCUCCCCCACUGGUCCACAAAAGAGAUUAGACCAUAGUGCUCUUAGCAUGCUCUUAACAUGAAAGUUGAGCUAUACAAAAGCAAUUAACAAAAAAUGAUUCUGGAUUUGUUUUAAAUUUUAUUGUUUUAUUUUAAUAAACAUUUUUAAAACAAGCGGUUAUAAUUCUAUUAUAAAAUCAUUAUUUUGUUUGUGUAUUUUUACAUUAUUCUAUUUAUUGUUCACCAGUUACACAGAAUAAAAACUUUAAAUAUUCAAGUAUAAUAAUAAAAGAAAAGUUAUCAUGGAAAACUCAGAUUGAAAUAACUAUUAAAAAAUCAAACAAAGCAGUUCGGCUAAUUGAAAGAAAAUUGUACAAAUAAAUAAGGAUAUAAAGCUGAAAUGUUACUUUAAGCUUGGUAAGACCAAUACUUAAAAAUGCAUCCUCUGUUUGUUUAUUUUUGUAAAGUUUUUUCAAUGUGAACAAAUAUUGGUUGUCAUUUGUUCCUUUCACAGAAUAUAAGUCUUUAUAAAGGCAUAAAUUAAACAUUUUAUACCUCUAA